AUGUUACCAACAUUAUGGAUUUUCAUGGCGACAUUUGUAUGCGAUGCGACGAAGAUAGGUCUUCCACUUUAAGAGCAAAGCUUUGCUCGCAUUUUUUAUUGAUUGUUGUAAUGAAAUGAGUAAUUCGAAUAUUAAAAGUGUCGUGAACAUUGUGCGGUAGUGAUAUUUACUCGUAAACAUUAAAUAAUGUUCUGUUCAUUAGCUGAACGGUUAACAGCUACGUGUGCUCAUAAAUUAAUAUUAAAGUAACGGUGGAGCCUGAAAAUGGUUACGUCUAAUAAGCAACCGGAUAAAAAAGUUGUAAAAAUGGCAGAGCAGAACAAUACUGCAGUUGUGCCUCAGAGAACAUUGCUAGGUGAAGUCAACGAACACAUAACAUGUCCUCUAUGUAGAGGCUACUACAUCGAUGCAACAACUAUUGUGGAAUGUUUACAUUCCUUUUGUCGAAGCUGUAUCAUCAAACACUUGCGUGCGAAGAGUUAUUGCCCUGUUUGUGAGAUGAUGAUUAAUUCAGCAAAGCCUAACAUUAAAUUAGAUAAAGCCCUUCAGGAUAUUGUGUACAAACUUGUACCUGGACUAUUUCAAAGGGAAAUGGAAAGACGUCAGCAGUUUUAUUCUUCACGACCUGGACCUGCUGCAUCUGCCACUCCUGAACAAAGAGGUGAAGACACUGAAAGAAUAAUAUUCAGCCCUGAAGAUGUUAUAUCCUUCUCUUUGGAAUACGCUGAUGCAACUGACACUGAUAGCAUAUCUAGCAAAUCAUCUGACAGUAAUGAGCCUCAACCUGUAUCUGCAGCACCGAGAAGGUUUUUGCAAUGCCCUGCUGUGGUCAAUAUUAGCCAUUUGAAGAAAUUUUUAAGUAUGAAAUUUGAUAUUGACAGUACACAAUUUGCCAUUGAUAUUUUGUACAAAAGAGUUCCUUUACCAGAUUAUUACACUUUGAUGGACAUAGCAUACAUAUACAAUUGGAAAAGAAAUGAGCCCAUGCGUUUUUUCUACCAAAUCAUAGAUUAUGUUGCUAUUAGAAAUAGGCUGUUUGAAAUCAAUCGAAAGGGGCCAGCAUCUUGUCAUUUGAGAGAUAGGAAGUCUAGUCCUGCUUCAACAGAAGACACCAAUGUAAGCAGCCCAGCCCCACAUUUGAAUGAUCAAGGAUCUGAAGCUUCUUCAGGGACUGAUAGUCCCAUGCCUGAUGAUGCUUUAAGUCAUGCAACUGAUACAUCUAAGAAAAAUGAAAAAUCAGGGAAACAAAGUAAGGACACUGAAAAUAAAAAUGUUGACAAAAAUAGUGAAACAUCUGGUAAGAAAAAUGAUGAUGAAGUGGAAAAAUCUCAAUUCCUGAAUUCUUUUGAACUUACUGCUAAAAGUAUGCUGCCACUCAAAUCAUCCCCUGUUAAAUCUUCUGAUGAACAAACUGUUCCUAAUGAUACCUUACCUAAAAAUCAAUUGAUUUCUCCAAAAGUAGAAGAUAAGGUAGGAGAAUCUUCAAAAAGAAAAAACCAGACAGCCACACAUACACCAGAGCUGAAGAAAUUGAAAAUUGAACUUGAAAAGGCAAAGAUUACAAAUGUUGUUGGUAGUAAUCCUAGCGUUUCAAAUUUAACCUCCAGUCAAAAUAAUAAAAGUAUGGAUACAAGGGGAAAAGAAGGUGAAGUUUCUUCUAAAAAUUCACAAGUACCAGUUACACCAACCCUAACUCCAUCAAUAGCUGUUCCCCCUAAAGAAAGUAAACAGAUAAUGACUAGUGCAAAGCAGCCAGAAAGUCCAGGAGUCAAAAGACCAGUCUCUGUUCCACAAAAUAUAUCAUCUCCUAAACGCAAACCACCUAAUGAGAUUCCUUCCAAUGUGCAGCAGCAGUCAGCUACUCGGAAGACAAUAUCUCCACUUAAGCUGCAAAUGCCAAAGCCUGAACCAACCUUAAACUCUAAGCCACAAGAAGUACCUAAACCUCCAGUUAAAAAGAUACCUGAUUUAAAACCUAGUGUACCAAUGUCAUCACAAAACAAAAGCCAACCUGUUAACAAAGUAAGAAUGGACCUACUGGCCAAUAAUAGUGAUCCUACUAUAGAUAGGAGUAAAAUAUUAUCACAGGUUAAAUCCUCACUCGGUUCUCCAAUCAUGGGAACACAGCCCUCUGGAGACCCAUUAAAAUCGUUAUUUGAUUCCUGCAAAAUUAAUAUACCGUCAUCCCUGUCUAUUACACUAACAGAUCAAAAAUUGGAGUCUAGAAACCCUGGAGAAACUGUAAUUCCUGACCCCAAAAAGAGUAUGAUAAAUAAGAAUUUGGCUAGUGCUAGUAAUACUUCCUACAAAGUUCCAAGUCCACCAGUACAUAACUAUAUUGAAAUAUUGAAGUUACCUGAUACAGACCCCAAAAAGCAACAAAAACCAGAUAAUGAAAUGAAGUCAAACCAACCGAGUAAAACUGAUAGUCCAGCACAAUCCAAACCUCCAACUAAAACAUCAGAAAGCUCUGCUAAAGGUCCAGUGCCUAACCUAAAGCCUAUUGCUGAUGCAAAGUUACCAAAACAGAGUGGAAAUUUUUCAGUUCCAAUUACUUUCCAGCAGACAUUUGAGCAACAAUUACAGAGCCUAUCAUCGGACAAAAAAUCCAAGCUCCCUAAAAACAAAGCACAGGUUCCUAAACUUGUGCCGGCUACUCCAAAAUCUAUCAAUGCUGCGAACAAAGCUAGCAAUCCGCUCAAUAAGUCAAGUACCAAUAAUAUGCCUACUGUGGAGAAUAAGCCAAGUGCUGCACUAGAUUUAUCCACUCCUCACAAUAUCCAAAAUCAGCUAGCACAGCAACAAACCUUUCAUAAACAAUUUGAAACCAUGCAGUCAAUAGAUAAUUUGGCUAAGAAACAAAAUCUUCCGACAAAAGGCCUGCCUUUGAGUAUGCCAACAAGCAAUGUUUUUCCUAAUAGUAUUACAAAUAGACCAAUGACAUCAGGCGUUAGUCCUUUAAGAAUUCCUUCAACAUCAAACAUAAAUCAGUUAAAAUUGGACAAAGGCGGUGCAGCUGGCUCUCAGAUAAAUAACAGACAAGAUAUGGGUAGCACCAAAUCAAAUCCAAUAAAACCAACUAACACUGGAGGUUCAAAUGUUUCAAGUCCAGGUUUUCAAAUUGCACCUCAUAUGUCUCCCAGUACAGCUCAACCUUCUCCUAGGUCACAAACACGUUCGCCUAGUUCCUCUCCAAAAUUAGUAAUAGCAGAAGAAAAACAAGGCGGUAGUUCAGCUCCAGAGCAAAAUAUUAAUCAGUCAAACCAGAUCACAAGUACACAAUUUUCGAAUUUGAAUUCUGCAAGUAAUGAUAUAGCGAAGGCGUCACCAGGGACUUCCAAACCUGGACUGAAACCAAUGCCCUCUGCAGGAAAAUUACCAGGAAUAAGACCUUCUUUAGCAGCAAAUCAGAAAAUAACUCCUAUGAAUGCUGCUUCCGAUUAUCAUAAUAUGUCACAAACGCGACCACAACUGAUCCCCCACCAAGUGUUAUUAAGGCGUCAAAUAGAAAUAAAAGCUUGGCUGGAGGCUCAACGACAGAUGGAUAUAUUUAACAGUAUGUCAACUAACAUGGCACAUCAAACUCAAAACGAUUUUAAUAAUAAAGACAAACAGAUAGAGAGCAGGCCAUCAGAGAUGGCUGGAGUACAAGCGACGAUUAAAUUCCGGCCUCGUAAGAAGGUGUACGUAGAUGAUGAUGACGUAACAAACGAAAAUAAGGAUACACUUAACAUUAGGAAAAGUAGCGACAGAAAAUUGAAAAGGCAUAUAGAACAUGACUUAAAGAAAAAUAACGAUGAAGAUUGCUCUCCUGAAAAAAUUACAAGAAAAGAUAGCCCGGUGAAAAAAGUUUCUACUGUGGAAAUAAGCGAAAAGGAAGUUUUGAAACCACUAACAAGUCGAGAGAAUGAAAUUGAAUGGUUAGAUAACUUCUUGAGUGAAAACUUGGAAAAGGAACAGUCUGGAUCUCUUUAUAUAUCAGGACAACCGGGCACAGGGAAAACUGCUAGCUUAUCAUACAUACUGAACUUACCCAAGUUCAAGGAAGGAUACAAACAAGUAUACAUUAACUGCACGAUGAUGAAAUCAGCUGCUAGUAUUUAUAGCAGGAUCUGUAAGGAACUUCAGUUGCCCACGUCUGGAUCUACCGAGAAAGCUUGUUUUAGAGCCAUUGAAAAAUAUCUGAAAAAGAAACAUAAAAUGACACUUUUAGUCCUAGAUGAGAUAGACCAGCUGGACAGCAAGCGGCAGUCGGUCCUGUAUACGAUAUUCGAGUGGCCGGCGAUGGCAUCGUCCCGCGUGGUGCUGGUGGGCGUCGCGAACGCGCUGGACCUCACGCAGCGCGCGCUGCCGCGGCUGCAGGCGCGCUGCUCGCUGCGACCGCAAACGCUGCAUUUCGCGCCAUACACCAAGCAACAGAUCAUCAACAUAUUUACCAAUGUACUAGCCAAUGAAGAUAAAACCAAUGUAUUUUCGCCCGUCGCAUUGCAAAUGCUUGCAGCAAAAAUCUCAGCAAUAUCUGGUGACAUGAGGAGAGCUUUAGACAUAGGCCGCAGGGUUAUAGACCUUGCGAAAAGAACGAAAUUCUCGGAUAAUCAAUCUGUUGACCAUAUGAUGAAAGAUUCUACGGUAACCGUGGAGCUUAAACAAGUACUAGAAGUACUGAACGACGUGUACGGAGGAUCUAAGAAGAUAGAGUCAGACGCCGACGAUGGGUUCCCGUUGCAACAAAAGCUAAUACUUUGUACUAUAAUGUUAAUGCUGACCAAAGGGAAGGUGAAAGAAAUUGUCAUGGGGAAACUGCAUGAUGUUUACAAAAAGGUGGCGGCGGCACGGAACUUGGCGCCACUGGACCUGUGCGAGAUGUGCGCGGCGUGCACGUUGCUGGAGGCGCGGGGGGCACUACGCGUGGCGGGCACAGGCCCGGCCCGCGGCCGCCGCCUGCGCCUGCACUGGGACCGCGCCGACCUCGCCGCCGCGCUGCGCGACAAGCCGCUGCUCGCCGCCAUACUCGAUGACGUCAGCUGCCUGCCUUCCUAGCGCAUGCUCUCACUCGCCGCCGUGACGUCAGCUCUCGCCUUCCUAGGACCUUGUCACACCAAAAGAUGCAGUUUUAUUUUAGGUCAGUACAUUGUCCCCAACCUAUGUAUUGUCUCACCGAUGGGCACAGGCCUUUUUUAUGAUUUUUUUAUAAUGUAAAAUUAGUUACUAUUUUAUGUAUUUUUUUGACUUUCCCAGUAAUGUUUGGGUAAUCUGUAUUUUACUUUUGAAGUUUGUGUUUUUUGUAGUAUGGUAAUUUAACUGAUUCGCACAUUCGUGUGGAUCACUUGAAAAUAAAAAUCGAAAUAGCUAGAUCUUACAAAAUUAUGGAAGUUAUUGCAAAAUGUGAUUAGAUGAUAGUCUUGACUCGAACUAAUUGUUAUGAAACAGAAUGAACUGAUGCUAUCUUUAAUUAUAUUUUGUGAUGGCAAAAUAAGUUUUGCUUAUUGGUAAGUGUUAGUUAAUUUAGGUCAUAGUUAUUUAAAUAUUUGUGUCUUAUUGAAUUGCCUUAAAUAUUAUUGACUGAAUGAAAUAAUUUAAAAAUAUUAGGCUGUGUUUGUAGUUAUGUUAGGGAGAAUUGACAUGCUUUCAUAUUAAGUGAUAGUUGUUUUAACAUUUAUGAAUUUGAACUUAUACUCAGAUUUUUUUCUGGGGUAAAGAUUUGCACGCCAGAUUUGCACCCUUGCACUACUUAUUUAUUCUGUGCUCCCAGUAAAUGUUUAUUGAAGUUGGUAGGAAACAGACUCACAUAAGACUUGUUCAAUGUACCUCUAAUUAAAUGAGCAUAUGAUUUUCAGUCAGUCAGGAUUGCAGUAAUAAUUCACUCUUCUUUUGUUCAUUUAUUAGUCAAGGAAUUAAAUUAGUUCAGUAGGGUAAAAAAACUGCCUUAUAAAGCUGCCUAUCACUGUAGACAGUUCUACAAUCACUGAUUUUCACACGUUUUUUUGAAAAGAUUGCGUGUUUACUGAUGUUUGAUUCCAAUAGUAACUGUGAUUAGGUAACACAUAGCGCAUAUAGUCCCGAGUUUAAUGUGUGACGAAAUGUUUUAUUGCGUUAUGACAUGGCAGGAAUCUGGGUUAUUUGAUCCCUGUAAAAAUACAUUUUUUUAUUUGAUCCUUUUAUAAAUACAUAUUGUAAAUAUAAUGUUUCGAGUCGCUUCCCAGAAACCAAUUUUAUAUACAAGAGGGUGCAAUAAGUGCGCAUAGUGCUCGGUUAGUUUCGAGCACUGCGUAAGGAUUUUGAAAACUAUGGUAAUGAUCCCGUUUUAAAGUUUUAAGACGUGUUUGUUAUGCCAUUUUUACCAUUUGGAUCCCCUAAGUCAUGUUAAGGUAAGUAGGUUUUCCAAAGAUAUAAUAAUUCUUAGAUAGCAAAAAAGUACUUCAGCAAAGUUGCUGGUAGUUAGGCAGCAAGUUUUAGAGCCAAACUAUAACUUAUCAUCAAUGUGUGGGACAAGUAAGCCCAAAUCCCUUGGGUGAUCUUACUAGUAAUAAUCUCCAAGAAACCUGCCUCAAGCAAGCAUACGUUGUGCUAAAACCGUACAGAUUAGACCUUUGAUCCUAGGGCAUAACUUUGGUCCUAACUACUGACAGCCAUGUCGCGACCAUACAAACAAUUCGUAACCAGUCUUAUUUCCGGCAGCAAUAAUAUUUGAAUAAACAGCAACUUGCGGAUAGCGAAGAAACUGUAGAAAUAAGCAAUAGGAAUGAAGUGUUACGAGCUUAAUUACUUUCUCAACUUGGGCCAAAGUUAUGGAUAGCUAGGAUCAAAGUGACUCAGCUCUAUGGGGCUUUUAGUUCCUUUGACAGCUGCGAACAAUCGGUUCGGGCUCGAUGGGUUGAAUAUUUUUUACUCAUGUAAUAUACUUACCACAAAAAGCUUGGAAACGAGCAUAAACUGAUGGCCGCUGAAGCCUUUUUAUAAGUUCUUAUUUGCGUUUACAAAAUGUAUUUAUGUUCAUGAAAGUUAACAGUUAAUUUUUAAAUCAUGUGUUUUGUUAAUUGUGAAUUUACUAUGAAAUAUAUCGAGUGAUGUAUUGUGUUAUGUAUCAAGUUGUAUUCUGCGAUGUUGUGUGUAUGUGUUAUUUUAGCUUUGUACUUCUUAACAUUUUUGACCGUUUUACCUUUUAAUUUACUGUUUCAAGUGUCCUGUAAGAUUAAGUUUUUGUUUGUAAAUUGAGUAUUAAAAUAAUAUGAGGAUUGAAAUACUUGUGUUACAAUUAUCAGUACCUAUUGGUUGAAUUAAAUAAAACCAUUGACAUUGUA